CGGCGGCGGAGCGGGGCUGUGGGGCCGGCCCGGACCGGGACCGGGAGCGGGACUGGGACCGGGGCCUGCCCUGUGCGCGGCCAGCGGGGGCACGAGCGCUGUCCUGCGGCUGAGCGCGCACCGGGGCCCCCUCGGCCCUCGAGGUGCCUUUCUAACUAUUUUCUUGGGCGAGAGGACUCUGUGCCAUACUCUUGUGUGCAUACUGAGCUCUGAGGGCCAGCAACUGGAGAUGCACAUGUCUCACCUUCAGGAGAUGGCCGCUUCUAAGUCUUUGAUGAACCUUCUGACUUUCACUUUUGGCUCAGCAAUAGGAUUUUUCGUCUGCUAUCUUCUGUUUAGCAUUAUACUAGARGAACAAGUGAAGAUCCAGCCUCAUGUGCUUCACAAUGAUCCACAUGGUCAACACUCAGCAGAUGCUGACAACAAUCAGCUGCAAGGACAAAUGAAUUUCAAUGCAGAUGCUGGACAGCAUAAAGAUGAGGAUAAAAAUAUUGCAGAAGGACUGUAUGAGAAGGUGAGAAUACUGUGUUGGGUCAUGACUGGACCUCAAAAUCUGGAAAAGAAAGCCAAGCAUGUUAAGGCCACUUGGGCCCAACGCUGUAAUAAAGUACUUUUUAUGAGCUCUGAGGAAAAUAAAGACUUCCCAACUGUGGGCCUAGAAACCAAAGAAGGCAGGGACCAGCUGUACUGGAAGACUAUUAAAGCUUUUCAAUAUGUAUAUGAUCAUUAUUUUGAUGAUGCUGACUGGUUUAUGAAAGCAGAUGAUGAUACAUAUGUUAUAUUGGACAAUUUGAGAUGGCUUCUUUCAAAAUACAGUCCUCAACAACCAAUAUACUUUGGAAGAAGGUUUAAACCUUACGUGAAGCAGGGCUACAUGAGUGGAGGAGCAGGUUAUGUUCUUAGCAAAGAAGCUCUGAAGAGAUUUGUUGCUGCAUUUAAAACGAACAAAUGCUCUCACAGCUCCUCUAUUGAAGAUCUAGCACUAGGAAAAUGCAUGGAGAUCAUCAAUGUGGAAGCAGGAGAUUCUAGGGAUACAAGUGGUAGAGAAACCUUUCAUCCCUUCAUUCCAGAACAUCACUUAAUCAGAGGAUACYUGCCAAAAACAUUCUGGUAUUGGAAUUACAAUUACUAUCCUGCUGUAGAGGGUCCUGGAUGCUGCUCUGAUCUAGCAGUUUCAUUCCACUAUGUUGACUCUGUGACUAUGUAUCAUUUGGAAUAUUUGAUUUAUCAUCUUCGUCCGUAUGGGUAUUUGUAUAGAUACAAUCCUGAUUUGUCAAAGAAUCCAGAAGAGCAGAGCAAAAAUGAWGCACUGGAGGAUAAUCAAAAACUAAAGCAAAAAAUUUCUGAGAGCUAAGUAGACUUGGAAAAAACUAAAAAGAAGCCAGUACAAUGAGUUAGAGUCUUCUCAAACUCGUGCAUGAAGCUUGUGGACUGAAGUUACUUCUGGCGAAUCUUAUUUCAAAAAUCAAGUUGGYAGCACUUCUUGUCAUCUUGUGUACAGUAGAGUGGUGCUGGCUCUGACURUUUGGGAUAGUGUGACCUUGCAGCCCAGAUCACAAAGAUUUAGGGCUCUAAAGCUGUGAAAUUGGAGGUUGCUCUGAUACAAUAAUAUCUGGAAGAAUUUGUAUAAAAACCAUAGUGGACAGGUUUGCAGAUGAUCAUACUGUAUUUCUGCUCCUUUUUCUGUUCUCCAUUUCCUUUCCAUUAAGUCAGUUCUGAUAUUAGAAAUUGGAUUCUGCCCAGUCAAACACUUCAUGAUGGCUUUCUUAAUUAUUCUCAACAUCUUGAAGUUACUUUGUGUACCUUGCCCUAAAGGUAAGGCAUAGACACAAAAUUAGAGUCUCCAGUCUGAUUUGCCUUAACARCAGCAUGGCAGAAUUUCACCCACAAUUGUUUCAGAAACAURAUUCACUGCUAUGAAUUACUUAUAAAGUUUUAAAUUCUGUUGUGCAAAACAAUAUGAAGUUUUUGGGGAGAAAUUCUGUUUUGGAGAGAAACCCAGAAACAGUUACUGUUGUUUAAAGUGCUGGGGUGAUGCAAGCUGCUUACAUAUUUGCCUGUGGCUUUUUUUUUUUUUUUUUCUUUUAUUAACUUAUCCUUUUGGUUGAAUGGUUAUAAAAAUUCAUGUUUGGAUUUCUCAGCAUAAGGCAGAUGCUUUUGAAAAAGAAGUCUGCCUUCCAUCCCACCUGUCACAUAAACCAGGUAGAAUAGUAUCUUAGUGAGGUUGCAUUGUAACAACUUGGUUUUAGCCACUAUUAUAAUUAGUUUGUGUCCUUUUUAAUUUUCGCUAGGGGUUAACAUUUUCAGAUACAGAAAUAUCCUAUUUUAAAACUGCAGCAAAGCCAGUUUACUUGGUUGAAGUACUUAAUUUCASUUUUCUGAACCUUUUUUUAUUCCACUUAAAAUUCUUUUUCUGUAUCUGCCUCUUGUUACCUUUUUCAGUGUGAAGUGUUAAAUGAUMCUUUUUUCACUGUUUUUGAAGCUGAAGUACAUAGUUAUUCAGGUAAGCAGGCCUGAAUGCAGGAAUCUUUCAAAGUGCAUUAAUUUUCUCCACUACUUCAUAAGUAUCUCUGCCUUUUAACUGGAAACAUUUUCUCRGUGUGGGACAAAAUAGGUGUUUUAGUUACUGAUUUUUUUCCAGAGGCCAAAUACAUGGUUUUUUGAGUUAAUAUAAAACUUUCURGUUUUCUCCUUUUCAAAAUGAGUGAAUAGCAGUAUGGGGGAUGGGAUUGUGACAUGUAGUGUGUUUUUAUUCCACACUUGAACAAAAGUUUCUUCAUCUUUUUGUUGCUUUUCACGUUCAUCAUAUUGAUGAAUUUGGACAUAACCUAAUUACCUCCAGUCAUUGUUUKGAAAAGGGCACAUAGUGGUAGCAGACAGCCUUAUUUACUACUGCUGGUCCUUCAGGAUGUUCSUGGAAGAUGAUGUUACCAUAAAGUACUGGAAUUUUUUUUUCCAAAGAUAGUUCUAAUACAGAUUGGGGUUCUGUCUGUUGUCCGACAGUAAAGUCAUGACUUUGUUUCUGACCAUUCUCUGCACGAUGGUAAUUACUGGAAYGGCUCAUGGUGUUGAAAUGCUGUAUUACACCUUCUCUGCCUGAAUGCAGGCCAAGUUCAUCCAUCAAGUAUUGGUUAAAUAGUAUCUGCAGGGUCAUAUCUCUUGGUCUUUAUGAACAGCACUGCUUCUGAAGUACUGAUAGGGACAYGAGCUUUAUUUUACAUUAAUUUAUUGAAGUAGAACAUUAUUACUGCAUUGAUUUAAGAAAGGAAAAAGUCUCCAGUUUGCUGUAGWCAAACUGCUUGUCCGGAGGACAGUGGAUGUUAACAUGCUGAAAGGUGCUUCCUUCUGUGAGCUAAAUGUUUAUCCCACAUGCAAMACAAACCAACCAUAUUGUGAAAUCCAUAUGGAAUUGAUAACUCCAGUGGCAUUGUUCAAACAGGCAGAUAAAAUUUUCAAGAAUACUUAAGAAAGUUAUAAAAUGAAAUUGAGAUCCCAAACUUAUYGCUUUGUAAAUUCAGUCCAUGUAGAAGAUCUGCUGAACUACUGUACAGUUCCUUUAUUUCUGCUUUCCUUCUCAGUUCAUCCAURGAGAUUUAAAGAUUUUCUACUACAACAGGCAAAACUAAUCCUGCAUAUUUUCUGCAGAUUUGUGUCAUAUAUCUGUCCUGUGAAGCAAAAUMAUUUCCUCCUCAUGUUCCUUACUGUCCUGAGUAUCCUGUCUCUGGCUUUCCAGUUUCMCCCAGCACAAGUCUGAGGUGGACAGGAGGAAGCAGGUGGUGGGAUGUUUGAGCUCCACACAGGUUGUUAGCUGGAGUAACAAGGUGAACCAGCCACUGCUGAGCUCAUGGUGAAGCCUUUUCUCAGCAGCAGUUUUAGUUCUUAUCUGCUGUCCAGCUGGGGCUUGUGUGUUUAACAGAGCAGGGCAGGAAUAUCCCUUUCCACAAMAUGCAGCACCUCACUGGAAAAGUAUAAGAGUAAGUUCUCCUUCUGAAGGGAAUAAGGCUAAGGACAUACUACCUUGUGAUAAAUGGGUGGCCUAUCUGGAAAAAUUCGUAACCUUUUCUUUAAAUGUCCAUUCUUUGUUGUAAAGUGUCCUUGUGCAUAGGCCUCUGAAUCUAUUUCUUUUGCCUUUACAACAGCACUACAAAGAAUUUUUUUCCUUCCAGACAAGCUAGAAAAGUAUCAGGUUUUACAUUCUGUGAUUAUAACAGAGACCUGUUGUUCUCAGUUGAACUGUAUUGCCAUAACCAUGAGCUCAUACCUCUGGAAUAAUUGGUUUCUAUCUCACUGCCUUCAGAAGUCUCAGUAGACAAGGUUGGAAUGUGAACAGUUAGUUUAAUUUUCAUGUACAAUAUUACACUACUAUUAGUAGUCUGCUAUUUCACUCUCAGGUCUUUGUGCUUUGAGAAAUUAUUUAUUGAGAUUGAGAAUUUUUACAGCCAAAGGAGACUGUAUUUCAGAUGGAGAGACUUUCUGAAGCACAGCAACAUGAGUUUACUUAGGCCAUGCAGAUUAUUGCUCUGUGGUUUGGUUUGGUUUCUAAAAGAAGUUUCUUAAUAAAACCUAAAAGCUUACUUUGGCAUUGUAGUGAUUUAAAUGACCCAUCUAAAAAUUUUGAGCUAUUUUCUUGAAAUUACUAGGUAGUGGAUGUGGGAAUGUCCCUUAGUGUGACAGAGUAACAUUUUAAUCUUGUAUUGUAUGGUUGUAGUUCAGGAAGAUUGAGAAUGCCAAAAAGUUACCUCGYGAUCAUUGUUCUUCAUCAGAGUAUUAAUCUUUGUUUGCAGUUUUAAUCUUAUUUCAUCUAAUUUUCACUCCCAGUUCAUUUUUGCAGUCUGUAUUUGUCUUUUUAAGAGGUUACACGCUGGUGUUGUUAACACUAYCUUUCAUUUUGUGGAGGCUCUUUUCACAGUACUUUUGCCUUUAAGGACACUUUUGCUUUGGUGGGGGUGUAUAUUAAAAGUCACUUUUUCUUCACCUUUUGCCAUUUGUUCUGUUAUGCUUCCAGAGGUAUAAAUUUCAGUGAGUAGCUGUUAGACCUCUUAUAAACAGUUUGUUAUCUGAGCAGGGUGUUUUGUCUUUGUACAACAACAAAGUGUGGGUUAUUUGUCUGCUGUACCUGCUACUGAUGCUGAUAGUGCACGCACAGAUAAAAAUAGACCCCUCAAUACAGGACCACUGGGAAAGGCAGUUUUGUCUUUUUUUCUGUCAAGAAAUCUUCUGUGGAACUCCAAAAGUGUAAUUUGCUUUGUUUUACCAUAUUGUAUUUAAAUGACUCCACAAAUGUUAUUAAUAGUGUAAAAGAAUUGAAUAUUGCUGCUGGACAGURUGCUCCACUUAAAACCUGUGAAUGUUUCACUUUGCAAUUAUAGGUAGUUGUGUUCCUAAUGGCAGAUAAAAGUUGGUGAUUUGUCUGGAAUGGUCACCAUAAGGAUUUGUUUCUUAAAUACCUUCUUUGAAGUGCCUUUGACCARUUUUUAGCAUCAAAAUUAAGUUGAGAAUUGAAUAAAUAAAAUAAGUUAUCUCAUACAAAUUUCAUG